GGAGCGCCCGAAGUUCAGCUGCAGAAGCCAGGAGUCCCGGAGCUCCGGGAAAGACGUGGAUGGGGACGGGACAGGGACGGGGACGGGGUCCCUUGGCGGGGUGACCGGGGAGCAGAAACGCCAGCAGCAAACAGAGAGGUCAGGUACCGGGGGGAAAGUGAUUGCCCCUCUCCUUUCGGGAUAGACAGGAGGGAGGAGGGGGUGGCAGGGUCAGACUGGGACAGCCCUGGAGGUGGGACCCAGCCAGGCUGGGGGCAAGCCUCAUCCCCUAGACACCCCUUGGAGAAGGGCUGGGUUGGGAUUUGGGGGGCGAGAGGGGGAAGAUGGAGAAAGGGGAGCCUGGAGCUGCACCCCGGCAGGAGCCCUGGUCAAGGCAGGCUUCGGGAUCACCCGAGGAAGCGGCCCCCAAGGACCCUAAUGCCAUCCGGUUGUCCAAGAGGCGCUGGGUGGUGGUGCUGCUCUUCAGCUCCUACUCCUUGAGCAAUGCCUUCCAGUGGAUCCAGUAUGGGGCCAUCAACAACAUCUUCAUGCGCUUCUACGGGGUAUCCUCCUUUGCCAUCGACUGGCUGUCCAUGUGCUACAUGCUCACCUACAUCCCGCUACUCUUCCCCGUGGCCUGGCUGCUGGAGAAGAGGGGCCUCCGCCUCAUCGCCCUGCUGGGCUCUGCCCUGAACUGCCUGGGCGCCUGGGUGAAAGUGGGCAGCCUGAAGCCGCACCUUUUCCCCGUCACCAUGGUGGGGCAGGUCAUCUGCUCGGUCGCUCAGGUCUUCAUUCUGGGGAUGCCCUCCCGCAUCGCCUCCGUCUGGUUUGGCUCGAAUGAGGUUUCCACGGCCUGCUCCUUUGCCGUCUUUGGGAACCAGCUCGGCAUUGCCUUAGGGUUCCUGGUCCCUCCUGUCCUGGUGCCUAACAUCGAAGACUUGGAUCAGCUCGCCUACCACAUCAGCAUCAUGUUCUUCAUGGUUGGAGGGGUGGCCACCCUGCUCUUCAUCCUUGUCAUCUUUGUCUUCCAAGAGAAGCCUUCCCAUCCACCCAGCUGGGCCCAGUCCUUGGUUUACACUUUGGUUCCAGAAGAACAUUCCUACCUGGAGUCUAUCCAACGGCUGUUCAGGAACUUCAACUUUGUCCUGCUGUUGAUCACUUAUGGCUUGAACACAGGCUCUUUUUAUGCCCUAUCUACCUUGCUGAACCGUAUGGUGAUCCUGCAUUACCCGGGUGAAGAAGUGAACGCCGGCAGAAUUGGCCUGACCAUCGUCCUUUCGGGAAUGGCUGGGGCCCUGAUCUCGGGCAUCUGGCUGGACAGAACCAAAACCUACAAGCAGACGACCCUGGUGGUUUACAUCAUGUCGCUGGUGGGCAUGGUGGUUUUCACUCUGACCUUGAAUUUGGGAUACCUCUGGGUGGUGUUCCUUACAGCAGGCAUCUUGGGGUUCUUCAUGACUGGCUACCUCCCACUGGGGUUCGAGUUCGCCGCUGAGCUAACGUUCCCAGAGUCCGAAGGAACGUCGUCUGGAAUCCUAAAUGUAUCGGCUCAGGUGUUUGGGAUCAUCUUCACCAUCUGCCAGGGCCAGAUCAUCGAUCACUUUGGGACCAUGGCAGGAAACGUUUUCCUCUGUGCCUUCCUCGGCUUAGGCACCAUCCUCACCGUAUUCAUUAAGGCAGACCUCCGAAGGCAGAAAGCCAAUGUGACGUUAAAAGAGAAUAAACCCCUGGAGGAGCUGGUCGGCUCCAGCAAGGUGCCUAUCAUUAUGUCAGAAGCAAAGCUUUGAAGGACGAAGGUGGUGGCCGUGGGGUCCCCUCUCACCCCAUUCUUCCUCCUCCACCAGCACAGCUCUUGCUGCCAGAGUCAUCUUCUUGGGGAUGAUUUUGCAGGGGAACAGCCAUGCCUACUCCAGUAGGGACCCGGCAGUGUGGCUUAGUGAAUAGAGCACGGAUCUGGGAGGCAGAAGGACCUGGGUUCUAAUCCCAGCUCUGCCACUUGCCUGCUGCAUGAC